AUGAUACAAACCACUAAGGAAUAUGUUUUCACAAUUUUGACCCUUCUCAGCAAUUUAUUUUCAUUGAUUAUGCAAGCACUAUCACUUCCACCUGAAUAUCUCAAUGUGAGAAGAAUGUCUUUGGAUAACAUAGAAUAUGAGGCCUCGCAGCAUUUGGUGCAUUCGAGAUCAUUGUCGAUUCUUGGAGAGGUCAUCGAUGAGACUUCUGCCACUAUCAACAACAACUCUCCACAACCAUCCAUUCAACAUUCAUCAACACUAACCAAAUCAAAUUCCUCACUCGAAUUAAGUAGUAACAGAUUUUCAGAAGCAACAAUUGAAGAUGAAGAAGAGGAAGAAGAAUCAUUGAUUCCUGAAUCCACCUGUGAAAAUAUAGAAGUAAUUAUACCAGUGAAAUUUAAGGAAAGAUUAUCCCUCUCUAGUUUGAAAUCGUGUAAGAGUGAGAGUUGUCUUCAGCUCACUGAUAUUCAAACAAACAAGUUAAUCAACAGAGAAGAACCUGAUGAAACACCAAAAGGAAGAAGAGAACCUCACUAUCUCAAACUUCCUUCAAUCGUUACUAUUGAGAAAUCGCUCCCUCAAGAUAAAUUCCAUCAACAUUUGAUGAAGAAGACCUUUGUAUUGAAAAAGUCCUUCUCAGAAAACCAUUCAUCAAUAGAGCUACACAAGAGAUUGCAAACCUUUAAAUUUCCACCUUCUUCAUCAACAAGCGAGUUGUGCAACUAUGAUUGA